AUGGCCAGACCCCGCGGUGACGCCAUGCGAGGUGACGGUCAAGCGGCGUCACAUACCAGGGACGGUUACGUGGCGUCACGCGCCGGAAGCGGCGUCAUUAUUGGCAGCCGAGCCGAUGAGGUCGCCAAUUCAAAUGGAGGCGUCACCGGCGUUGCGGCCAAACCUCAUGGAGGAUUUAUGUAUACUCCUCCAGCGAAUAUCAGGUCCUCGGUUUCUACGAUUGAACUCUCUACGUCCCAAAUGAAUUUAAGCCAAGUUAGUAAUCAUCUCCAACCGUCUUCACUUAAUUCAAGUCAUCCUGAUAAAUCUACAAAUAGUACGGCAUUGUGCAUGGACGGAGAGGCAAUUUCGGAUACACCCAACCAAAAUAUACAGAAUGAAGAAUCCCGCGCCAGUCGAUGGUACCAGGAAUUUAGGACGUUCAUUUCUGAGAGAAUUUUACCAAAGGGUUCAGUGAAAAGUGCUGCCAAAGCUCCAGAUUGGUUCCUUGAUAAGUUUUCUAGAUCGAGAAGAGCCAGCCGGUUUUCUCAAGAUAACAAGAAUCAAAAUAAUGAAGAUGCAACUGUUAUCUGCGGAUAUCCUUUGGUAGUAGACACCACCUUGAACUCACAUUAUCGGUGGCUGGCUCUGGUGUCUUUAGCAGUAUUGUACAAUAUUAUUUUUGUGGUGGGUCGGGCUGUGUUUUGGGAAAUUAAUAAUAAGAUACCUGCAUUUUGGUUUACGAUGGACUAUUUUUGUGAUUUGAUAUAUUGGCUGGAUGUUGCUGUACACGCCCAUGAAGGGUAUCUUGAUCAAGGUUUGAUGGUACGAGAUUCAUCGAAAUUGCGAUCCCACUAUAUUGCCUCAGGAUCGUGGCGUCUAGAUCUCCUCUCUUUAUUGCCGACAGAUAUUAUGUAUAUUUGGUGGCAGCCUUCGACGUGUCAGUUGCGAGUACCAUGUCCAGUAAUAGUGCGCUUGAAUCGCCUCCUACGAGCUCCCAGGAUGUGGGAAUGGUUCGACAGGACCGAAACUGCAACUGGAUAUCCUAACGCGUUCAGGAUAUGCAAGGUGCUAAUAGCUAUUUUGAUACUAAUACAUUGGAAUGCGUGUCUGUAUUUUGCAAUUAGUUAUGGAUUAGGAUUUGGAACUGACCAUUGGGUUUAUAAUCUUAAUGGACCUAGAAACUCAUCUUUAUCUCGGCAAUACAUAUACAGUUUUUAUUGGUCAACUUUAACUUUAACUACUAUAGGCGAAACUCCCACCCCAGAGAAUGAUGCCGAAUACCUGUUCGUCGUCUGUGAUUUUUUAGCUGGUGUUUUAAUAUUUGCAACAAUCGUCGGAAAUAUUGGUUCUAUGAUUUCUAAUAUGAAUGUAGCAAAAGUAGAUUUUCAAAACAGAAUGGAUGGUGUGAAGCAAUAUAUGGCUUUUCGAAAAAUAAGUGGUGAAUUAGAAGCGCGUGUGAUUAGAUGGUUUGCCUAUACCUGGUCUCAAAGUGGAGCCUUGGAUGAAGAAAAAGUAUUAAGUGCGCUUCCAGACAAGUUAAAAGCUGAAAUUGCUAUAGUUGUACAUAUGGAAACAUUGAGGAAAGUCACGAUAUUUCAGGAUUGUGAACCUGGUCUACUCGAGGCCCUGGUUCUGAAAUUGCGACUUCAAAUAUUUUCACCUGCAGACUAUAUUUGUCGAAAAGGUGAUGUCGGCAAGGAAAUGUAUAUAGUCAAACGAGGAACACUAACAGUCGUCGGCGAUGAUGGUGUCACAGUUUUAGCAACACUAAGUGCUGGAAGUGUUUUUGGAGAACUGAGCGUUUUGGAAAUCUCCGGAAAUCGUACUGGUAAUAGACGAAGCGCCAAUGUAAAAUCCUUGGGAUAUUCUGAUUUAUUCUGUUUGGCUAAGAAGGACCUAUGGGAAGUCCUAGAAAAUUACCAAGAAGCUAAAGAAAUGCUAAUUGAAAAAGGAGUAGAGCUAUUGAGGAAAGAUGGUUUAUUGGAUGAACAAGCUUUGGAAAGAUCUAGGCGAGGUAAAGAUUCACUGAAACAUGAGGUGGACAAAUUGGGACAAACAGUUGAUUCUUUAGGAACACGACUGGCCCGGUUGAUGGCAGAAUGCUCAGCUGCACAAGCCAAAUUGAAGCAAAGAUUGACCCGUUUAGAGAAUAAGCAAAAAUUACAAUCAUCAGAAGAAGAACUGACAGACAUCUCAGCAUCAGCACGUUCCAGAUUGCGAUCAUUGCAAGACCGAAGGAGGCCCGGUUCGCUUUCGGCUAAUAUGUACAGCAAAAAGAACACAAUGUGA